GAUUCUGGGCGGGUGGCGGAGUCACUGUCGCUUCAGCCGGGCCGUGGAGAGGACGGACGCGCCUGGUGCCCCGGGGAGGGGUGCCACCAGGGUAGGAGGAGGAGGUGGAGAGGAAGAGACGCCCUCUCUCCUUGAGCCCUCUCGAGGUUCUGACCCCAGGGGCGAGGAGGCUGAUAAGUUCCUCCACUCCCCUGCCUGAAGAGGCCGAGACCCUGGAGGGACCUGAGCCCACCGCAUCAGGGGCUCCAGCACCGCCCCAGUGGCCUGGAGCAACAGCCUCAGGGACCACUGCAAGAUUUCCAGUUGCCUAGACAACCAGCCGGGGCCGAGCAACAACCCUUCCAGCCACCUGCCUCGACUGCUGGCUCAGACACCAGUCCCAGCCCCGUGCAUCCAGCCCAGGUGACAUGCCGGUGCUCUCCACCCCCCGGGCCUCGCGGGUGACCACGCUGAAGCGCACAGCUGUGGUCCUGGCCCUCACGGCCUAUGGAGCCCACAAAAUCUACCCCCUGGUGCGGCAGUGCCUGGCUCCAGCCAGAGGCCCUCAAGUGCCUGCAGGACAGUCCACGCAGGAGGCCUCCGGGGCCGCUUCGGCCACAGGGGCCAAGGCCGGUGUGAACCGUGUGUUCUUGCAGCGACUCUUGUGGCUCCUGCGGCUACUCUUCCCCAGGAUCCUGUGCCGGGAGACGGGGCUUCUGGCGCUGCACUCAGCCACCCUGGUGAGCCGGACUUUCCUAUCGGUCUAUGUGGCCCGCCUGGACGGUCGGCUGGCCCGCUGCAUCGUACGCAAGGACCCGCAGGCCUUUGGUUGGCAGCUCCUGCAAUGGAUCCUCAUCGCCCUCCCAGCCACCUUCAUCAACAGUGCCAUCCGCUACCUGGAGGGCCAGCUGGCCCUGUCUUUCCGAAGCCGUCUAGUGGCCCAUGCCUACCGCCUCUACUUCUCCCAGCAGACCUACUACCGAGUCAGCAAUAUGGACGGGCGGCUUCGCAACCCUGACCAGUCCCUGACAGAGGAUGUGGUGACCUUUGCUGCCUCCGUGGCCCACCUGUACUCCAACCUGACCAAGCCACUCCUGGAUGUGGCUGUGACCGCCUACACCCUGAUUCGAACGGCUCGCUCCCGCGGGGCCGGCACGGCCUGGCCCUCAGCCAUCGCUGGCCUCGUAGUGUUUCUCACAGCUAAUGUGCUGCGAGCCUUCUCACCCAAGUUUGGGGAGCUGGUGGCGGAGGAGGCGCGGAGGAAGGGGGAGCUGCGCUACAUGCACUCUCGCGUGGUGGCCAACUCAGAGGAGAUCGCCUUCUAUGGGGGCCAUGAGGUGGAGCUGGCCCUGCUGAAGGACUCCUACAAGGCCCUGGCUUCGCAGAUCAACCUCAUCCUGCUCGAGCGCCUGUGGUACGUCAUGCUGGAGCAGUUCCUCAUGAAGUAUGUGUGGAGCGCCUCAGGCCUGCUCAUGGUAGCAGUCCCCAUAAUCACCGCCACCGGCUACUCGGAGUCAGAUUCAGAAGCCGUGAAGAAGGCAGCCAUGGAGAUGAAGGAGGAAGAGCUGGUGAGCGAACGCACGGAAGCCUUCACCAUUGCCCGAAACCUCCUUACAGCUGCUGCGGAUGCCAUUGAGCGGAUCAUGUCAUCCUACAAGGAGGUGACGGAGCUGGCCGGCUACACGGCCCGGGUACAUGAGAUGUUCCAAGUAUUUGAAGAUGUCCAGCAAUGCCGUUUCAAGAGGCCUGGGGAGCCAGAGGAUGCACAGGCGGGGACCGGGGCUGUGGUCAGGUCUGGUGUCCGCGUGGAAGGUCCCCUGCAGAUCCGAGGCCAAGUAGUGGAUGUGGAGCAGGGCAUUGUUUGUGACAACAUCCCCAUCAUCACCCCCACGGGAGAGGUGGUGGUGGCCAGCCUGAACAUCAGGGUGGAAGAUGGCAUGCACCUGCUCAUCACAGGCCCCAAUGGCUGCGGCAAGAGUUCUCUGUUCCGGAUCCUUGGUGGGCUCUGGCCCACCUAUGGAGGCGUGCUCUACAAGCCCCCGCCCCAGCGCAUGUUCUACAUCCCGCAGAGGCCCUACAUGUCCGUCGGCUCCUUGCGUGACCAGGUGAUCUACCCGGACUCAGCGGAGGACAUGCGAAGGAAGGGCUAUUCAGAGCGGCACCUGGAGGCCAUUCUGGACAUCGUGCACCUGAACCACAUCCUGCAGCGGGAAGGAGGUUGGGAGGCCGUGUGUGACUGGAAGGACGUUCUGUCGGGGGGCGAGAAGCAGAGGAUCGGCAUGGCCCGCAUGUUCUACCAUAAGCCAAAGUAUGCCCUCCUGGAUGAAUGCACCAGCGCUGUAAGCAUCGACGUGGAAGGCAAGAUCUUCCAAGCGGCCAAGGAUGCUGGCAUCGCUCUGCUUUCCAUCACCCACCGCCCCUCCCUGUGGAAGUACCACACGCACUUGCUGCAGUUCGAUGGCGAGGGCGGCUGGAAGUUCGAGAAGCUGGACUCAGCCGCCCGCCUGAGCUUGACGGAGGAGAAGCAGCGGCUUGAGCAGCAGCUGGCGGGCAUCCCCAAGAUGCAGCAGCGUCUUCAGGAGCUCUGCCAGAUCCUGGGCCAGGGCCAGGGCUCCAGGGUCGUCCAGGGCGCUGCCACUUGACAGAGGACCGUGCCCCUCCCUGAGCCCUCGGAUCAUAUGAAGGAAACAGCAGUGCCUGCCUACCCCCCCACCCCCCCCCACACACACACCCUGCCCACCGCAGGCCCACCCUGCAUGACUCUCCCUCUGCCCAGGCCUCCCUGCCACGGGCCUGGCUUGCCAGCGAAAGGGCAGGCUGAUCUUCAUGCCCCUGCCCUCGGGCAAGGAGGCAUGGAAGGUCCUACACUGCUGCCCUCCCCAACUGUGCCCUUCCCCUGCCCCCCAUGAAUGUGACCAGGGCAGGGUAGCCGAGUCCUCUCUUUUCUUCGGGGAGGAGGAGAGGGGCAGGAGGUACCCCAGCCCACACCCCCAGGACAGUCCACACUGAGCCUGUGGGGACUGCCCUCCAGAGUCCGAGGUCCCCUUGUGUCCUCCUUUUCAGUCCCUCGGAGACCCCACAGUCCAUCCUUUUAUUGCCACUGCCCAAGUGAUUGCCACGGACACCCUUCCUGCCAUAGAAAUGGCCAAAUGAGACCCAGGGCCAGACCGGGGUCUCUGUUCCUUCUCCCCACCACUUGUCCCGAAGAGCUCUCGGGAGAAAGAAUUGCACAACAUUUCUCAGCAAGUGAUUCUAAGAAUGUAGCCCCCGUCCCUCCCGGUCCCUACAAGCUAAUUUAUUGGAUUCCUGUUCGUAGCCUUCUCGAUUGCCAAUGUGAGCACCCUGCUAGCAGGGGAGGCAGCCCAGCCUCUGAACCAGCCCCAGCCAGCCUGUCGCCCCACCAGCCUACACUGCCAGCUGCCACCAGGGGGGCCCAGGCCAGCCAGAGGGGGAGAUGGACACUGUGCUAAUGUGAGUGCGGGCACCAGUGUUCCCAGCUCAGUGCCAAAGAGGGGUCAGCCGGAGAAGCUGUCUCCACAAAGCUAGCUCCUGCCCAAGAGGGAGACCCCACCGCUGCUGUGUGCCUUUCGGGGGUGAAGGGGGGCUCAGCCCUCGGGCCAGGAAGCCUCCCUCAGUCCCUCAGUAAAAACCGCCCAUGAAAAUGGU